AUGUUGAAGUGCUUGAACCUGUUUACACUCACAGGCCCUUUACACUACAAAAAAACAAAAUUAUUGAGCAUCCCACGGGGCAUUGUGUACAACACAGUGCUAGAUAUACCGAGUUACUCUCAAUUUCUUCCUUGGUGCAAGAGUUAUUGGAUCGACUAUGCAAACGAUUGCGAAUUGGCAGCUCGUCCUGGUCAACGCAAGGCGUGUCUAACGGUGGACUUCAAGCUGUUAAAAGAGUCGUACACCUCUCAAGUUCAAUUUGAGCCAUUAGACUACAUAAGGGCUGUUGCGGCGGAUAGCGCCCUGUUUGAAACUUUGGACACAGUCUGGGAGUUUAAAGAUCAAGGUGAUGCCACUAUUGUGAAUUUCUAUAUCGUCUUUAAAUUUAACUUGGGAGUAUACCAGAGGAUCUCUGCGUCCAUGAGCGACACACUGACUAAUACUAUGGUGGAGCAGUUCGUAAAGGAGUGCUAUCGCCGCCACAACAAUCAAAAAUGA